AGAGGCAGAGACACCAUCUGCAGUGUCAAUGCGGCGCUCCCGCUGAAGGAGGGAAAAGCGGCAAUCCCAGGGGAAGACCCAUCCUGGGUCCUGAUUCUUUGAAGUUCCUCUUGGUGUGUGACUUUUUCUGUGGCCAAGAGGACCCAUUUCUGAGAUGAAGGCCAUGCCUUGGAACUGGACUUGUUUGCUGUCCCAUUUCCUGCUGUUGGGGAUGGGUUCCGCAGCCCUCCUCUCCCGACAGCCCCCUUCCUCACCCCAGAAGCGGUCUUUUCUCACGUUCACUGCAGAGCCCACUGAGGGCUUCAACCACCUUGUGGUGGAUGAAAGGACAGGGCACAUUUACCUAGGGGCUGUCAACCGUAUCUAUAAAUUGUCCAGUGACUUGAAGGUCUUGGUGACCCAUCAGACAGGGCCUGAUGAGGAUAACCCCAAGUGCUACCCACCCCGAAUUGUCCAGACUUGCAAUGAGCCCCUUACAACCACCAAUAAUGUCAACAAAAUGCUCCUCAUUGACUACAAGGAGAACAGAUUGAUAGCCUGUGGGAGUCUGUACCAGGGUAUCUGUAAGCUUCUCAGGCUGGAGGACCUCUUCAAGCUAGGAGAGCCAUUUCACAAGAAAGAACAUUACCUGUCUGGGGUCAAUGAAAGUGGCUCCGUCUUCGGCGUCAUUGUCUCCUACAACAACCUGGAUGAUAAGCUGUUCAUUGCCACUGCCGUGGAUGGGAAGCCAGAGUACUUUCCUACUAUCUCCAGCCGCAAAUUGACCAAGAAUUCUGAAGCCGAUGGCAUGUUCGCUUACGUCUUCCAUGAUGAGUUUGUAGCCUCUAUGAUUAAGAUACCUUCUGACACUUUCACCAUCAUCCCUGACUUUGACAUCUAUUAUGUCUAUGGAUUCAGCAGCGGCAACUUUGUUUAUUUCCUGACCCUCCAGCCGGAAAUGAUGUCCCCUCCAGGCUCCACCACCAAGGAACAAGUUUAUACCUCCAAGUUGGUGAGGCUGUGUAAGGAGGACACCGCCUUCAACUCCUACGUGGAGGUGCCCAUUGGCUGUGAGCGCAAUGGGGUGGAGUAUCGCCUGCUGCAAGCCGCCUACCUUUCCAAGGCAGGGGCCUUCCUCGCUCGGACCUUGGGAGUUCGAUCAGAUGAUGACAUCCUCUUUACUGUAUUCUCCAAGGGUCAGAAGCGGAAAAUGAAGUCACUGGAUGAGUCUGCCCUGUGCAUCUUUGUCCUGAAGCAGAUCAAUGAUCGUAUCAAGGAGAGGCUACAGUCUUGCUACAGGGGGGAGGGCACUCUGGACCUCGCCUGGCUCAAAGUGAAGGACAUCCCCUGUAGCAGUGCGGGUGAAUGCUCCAAAUACGCUCUCUCUGUCCACCCUCCUGAGGAGAGUGCUGAGGGCACAUUCUGCUGGGACACAGCUGCUCUCCCCUUAAAGCUUGGCAUUGAUCCUCGAGCCAUUUCUCGACUCUCCCCAGAACCCUACGCGGCUACCACUGGGGAGUAG